GUGAAUAUUAGAUUAACCUUUUCUUUAUUUUGGAAUUUUUUCCUCGUACUUUAUCACGACACAAUGUGACAUUUGAUUUUCAAAUCAUUGAUCUUGUAAAAAUUUAUCAAAAUCAAUUAAGUAAAUAGCCAUGUCAGCUCCAAAACCCAGAGGGUCUGCUUCAAUAACUCUGGAGAUGAUACGCCAUGCAGUUGAAUCGCUGCAGAUGAGACGUAGUUAUGUCAGUUUAAAGAUGAUUGCCAAGUAUUUAUUGACACAUUAUCCUGUAGAAAGAAAUUUUAAUUUCUUAGAAUUGGAAUUAAAAGAGCAAUUAGACCAUGCAGUUUCUUUAGGGAUUUUAUCGAGAACUGAUAUGGAUACUUACUGUCUAUCAUCAUUUAGAACAGAGGCUUACAACUAUAAAACGGAUCUUUCAUCAUUUUGGGAACGUCACUAUAAAAAAAGACCUGGACGUCGUUUAAAACCGCCUCCACAAAAAAAGAAGAUUGAUUCGAAUCUCAGUCUUGAUAACAGUGAUGAUUUCAGUGAUUUUAGUGAUGAAUAUAGCGAUUCUGAUUAUUAAUGAAAUUUAUAUCAAUUAUUCAAAAUUUUAGAGAAUUAAACUGGAAUUUAUUUCCAGUAAUACUAAGCUUUUAAUCAAUUUAAGUGAAAACAAUUUAUACACUUUAAUAAUCGUUUCCAUACUUAGAAAAGUAA